GCAAAUGCUGAAGGAACCGGAACCGCGGGAACCGCUGUUGAAGCACGAGGACCAGUGCUUUUGCAGGAGAGCGUGUCGGAGGUGCGGUGGCACGCACCGCGCUUCGCACAUGGCGAGGAUGCUGCGCAAGAUACUGCGACGGCUUCCUCAGUAUCUUCCUGGGCCUCAAAUUUGCCUCGUGCUGAUGAGACCUUCUCCCAUUUGCCUCCUCCAGAACGGGGACUCGCACAGCAAUUCUUGGAGGACUGGGAUGAACUCCAACAGCUGGAGGCCUUUAUGAGGCUGCUGUCGGCCCGUGGUCAUGGUCAAGUUCAGUGGACCCGUCAUCAUAUCACCAGUGUGGUCCAUGUGCCAGGGGAAGUUCAAGUGAGUCCCGUGCAACGGAGUUUGGCGGCGUUGCUCCGGUUGGCCUCGCCGGAGUUGCCACUGGGAGCCGUUUCCCCACGCCCUGGAGGCCUUUAUUUUGCACCACCGGAUCUCCGCUUCAUUCCGGUGCCGUGGCGCUUGCGAGUGACGGCGUAUGAUGUGGAUACCAUGGGCUACGAAGAUCUCCUACAGUUGGCUGAAGAGUUAGGCAGCGUUCCACACCGGAGGGCCACACCAGAGAUGCUUCAGCGCCUGCCGCUGUUUCGAUAUUCUGGCAGUGAGAAAGAGAAGUGCGUCAUUUGCCAAGAGGCAUACGAAAUUGGUGAGGAAGUGAGAAAGUUGCCAUGUUCGCAUACCUAUCACAGGGCAUGCAUCGAUCGAUGGCUGACCACUGGCACUGCCAUCUCACUCCAGUGCCCGAUUUGCAAAGCUCCUGCGGUAGAUUGA